AUGUGGCUUCUUAAAGCCGCUACGAUAGCGGCAGCAGCUGCAGCAGCAGGUCUUCCACUUGGGCCUCUGCACCCAGUUCAAUUAGAAGAGAGACAGCUUGCCGAUGCAACUUCUUUCAUCGCGGAGCUCCCAACUGGACAGCAACAAGCUGAUCCAACAUCGACAACAGCGGCCGUUGCAACAACUCCACCUCCUCCACCCCCUCCACCGCCGCCUCCCCCGCCAACCUCAACAUCGACAACGUCGACUACUACGCCGCCGCCUCCACCUCCACCGCCAACGACGACGUCUACAUCGAUAUCGACCCCGGCGCCAACAACUGUAAUAAUAUCUUCGUCCGUGGCAACACCUCCCCCGCCGCCGCCACAAACGACAUCAACGACAUCGCAAGCUCCUUCUACUACGGUAGCACCCCCAGUAUUUUCUCCGCCCCCGGCACCGACAACGACAAACCAAGUAAGGACAACGACAUCGAUGCCGAUCGCUCUUCCGGCCAGCACGACUGGCGCUGCAGUACAGCAGCCUCCUCCGCAAGGAGCAGGGUCAGCCCAGCCUCCAACCGAGAGACUCGUUGAUCCCGCUCAAGGCGCUUUCAUCGGCGGCGACCCCACGACUAACAUCGAUGUACCGGUCACUUUCCUCUUCCUGCUGCUCUUCGCGGCUGGUGCGUACACGCACAUUAGGAUCUACCGUGCCAAUGCCAAACGCGGUCACAAGUUCCUGCUAUCCGAUCUCAUGUUCGAUUUCUGCAUGGUCAGAACUGUCACUUGUAUUAUGAGAAUUGUCUGGGCUUUUGAGAAGGGCCGAGUUGUGAUUCUCGUCGCACUAAUCGUCCAGUUCGGAGGAGCUGUCGUGGUGAUGGUGGUCAAUAUCUUCUUUGCUCAAAGAAUUGUUCGGUCAAUCCAUCCUCACUUUGGAUGGCAUCCCGCCUUCCGGGUCUUCAUCCUUUUCUUCCUUUUCUCGGUCCCGGCCGUGGUUGUCUCGAACAGUACGUCAAUUGGUGUCUCGUUCUUCAAGAUUGAGGACCAGGACCGUGUCGACACCGCACUCAAUGUCCUCAAAGCUGGUGUCUCGUGGAUCAUGCUUCUCGCGGUCCUGCCACUCAUCAUCGUCAUCAUUGCAGCAGUGAUUCCUGGACCUAGACCCGAGAGAUUCGGGCAAGGUGAUACUCAUCAGAAAAUUGCCGUCCUCUUCAUUGGCGCCAUCCUGCUAAUUGGUGGUCACGCGGUGCGUCUUGCGGCGACUCUGAUGGCCGAGCCACCCAAUACACCAAACAAACUCUUCAGCAAAGAAGUGUUUUACACCACCGGUUUCAUGUUGGAGAUUUUUGUUGUGGUUUUCUAUGCAGUUGUCCGCAUCGAUCUCUUGUUCCACGUCCCCAAUGGAUCGAAGGGCCCGGGAGACUACUCCAGGAAGCCGAAGCCUGGUGAAGAAGACUACGAGGCUGCACUCCUCACCAGAGAAGAAAUCGAAGAUGAGCUAGCCGGACUAGGCCACCCGUAUGAAGUUGUCGACUCUUCCGGCCUGGGCAGAGAUGGCUCUGGCCGCACCAUUGUCGCCUUCAGCACAAGACGUAUGAACGGCGAGAAGCCUGUCGUACUACCGCCCAGACCAGAAGCAUACAGCCGUGUCAGAUCGAUCCGUGGGUCUGUCAGGUCCAUGCGUGGCUCCAUGAGGUCUGCUGGCGGUGGCAUCUCUCGGAUGAUGUCAGUGCGCAGGUCUGCUGCCGCGCCGUAUUUGAACGAGGUCGAAGUCGGUCAGCCCGAGUUCAGAGACAAUCCUUUCCAAACACCACCAGUCAGUCAUUACGGUGUAGCACAGCCGCUGUUCAUUCAGUCGCGCUUCAGCAGAUACACGGAUCCAGAGGAUGCGAGGACACCUUUGCGACCAGAAAGUCAGGCGACGUCUGGAGAGAUCCCGCUGAGUCUUGAUCGGGAAGGUCUCGGCCCUUACGAGGGACGGCCUCUUGCUCGACGGUCAUCAGUACAAAAGUUUACAGCACAGGAGAGGGAGGGAAACCCCCUGAAGUAG